AUGACCAGGAAGCGACAAACUCCUGAAGACGGGAAGAGUAGAAAAAGGAUUUUGAAGCCAGUUGUGGAGAAGAAGAGAAGGGAUCGAAUAAAUCAAAGUCUCGCUGAGCUGAGACGUUUGCUGUUGCUUUCCACGUCCGAUCCUCGACUCCAGAAUCCUAAAAUAGAGAAAGCAGAGAUUCUGGACUUGGCUGUGGAGUAUCUUAAGAAGUGGGCUGAUAGGAAGGACUUGAACAAUGACUUGCGGCCUCCCGCAGCUUUGGGGAAAUUUGGACCCGCUGAGUCCAGAUUUGCCCCUCUCGUCCGCAGUGAGAGCGCAGGCUUCCAGCAGUGCAUGGCCCAGCUGAACAGCUACAUGCACAGGAUCCCGCCGACGCAGAGGACCAGCCUCACCGAGGGGCUGAAGCAUCACUCGGCGAGCCGGGAGCCCAGGCUCAACUCCGUCCACGGCGUCUGGAGGGAGCCGGAAGCCGCGUCCGGGGAGGCAGUUUGCCCCUCCGAGGGCAGAGGGGAGUCUCCCUGGCUGCUCUUCCCUCCCCACCCCUCCUUCCAGCCUCUCUCCUGCUCCACACCGUGCCACGACUACCUCUCCCCGCCUCCCUCUCCCUGGUUCUCGCCCUCUUUCUCCACUUUCACCGCCUCGCCUCCUUUCCCGUCCUUUGCCUGUCCCUUGGCCUUCCCCCCCAGCCUGUCACCUCCGUCCUCCUCUAAUGCCUCCUUCCUGAGGAGCAUCUCCCCCACACUUCCUCAUGCCAGCCCUCUGGGCCUCCAUGUGCCCCCGCUAACGUCGUUAAUUCCCCCGCUGCACCUCCCACACAGGGAGGUGUCGCCGGCAGACUCUCUGUCACCCGUCUGGAGGCCCUGGAUGGGAUGAGAG